AUGGUGGACGUUAGUACCUCGUGUCACUACACCGAUAUCAUAUCAGAAGAUAUCGACGAAAGUAUAAAUAUGUGCCCAUCAAUCGAUCGGGUCUCUAUCGGACUGUGGGCUGUGAUUACGAUUGACUGUGGACUCGAGCUGCUCGUGUUGUUCUUGUUCUGGAGUCUUCGCCAUGGAGUACCUUCGCGAUCCGCGCCGCAGUAUCAGUGUCGUUCCAAUCAGCACACUUCUGGACCGCGUGUAAAGGCUGCCACUCUACGUGUAUGGCUUCACGUCUGA